AUUUCUUGGUCGGCGUCUACAACGUCGACUACAUUCUUCUCGGCGUCUACGACUCCGACUACCUCCUUUUCUGCGUCUACGACAUCGACUACCUCACCUUCGCGACAUCAUGGCGGACAGCAAGGAUUCGUCAUCGGUCCCCGGAUGGGACGGAUCUGCCCGCACUUGGCGGCGCUACACCCGCGAAGUCUCCUGGUACAUGCAAUCAACGCCGGUACACAAACGGCGAUAUGCCCCGCAAGACUGCUAGCCAUGAGCUGGAGCAAAAUGGGGUUCGACAGCGUCGAUGGAGUGAAGAUCUUUCUUCAACGACUGGAGAAUCCAUCCAGACGUUUCUGGUCAGAGAGACUCUCAUGCACGAGGAGUUCGUGGAGGCAAUCAUCAGGCUCCACGAAGACAAGCUUGGAGUCAGUCAAGAAAGCCGCGACUUUGGUUUGCCCUCCUCUGAGGAUCAAGGCGACUACGACUGGGAAGCGGACUACGGCUGGUCCAGUUGGUGGGACAAUGGCGACUGGUACGAGGCUGAGUAUGAAGAGGACGAGCGUGACGAUGUUGCCGGUGCCGCCGAUCCACCCGAAGAUGGACCUUCUCCGGGAGCUGACCGUGGAGAACCCAAGGUGUCGGCCGCUCCGGGAUCUUCUCCGAGUCAUCAUCGCGACGGCGGCAGCGUGCUUGAUGAACCGUCGCCUGUGCCUGAUGACAAGAAGCUUGAAAAGCCAACGCCGCUCGAUGAGCUGACUCUUGCAGAUAGCUUCAUCCUCGAUGUGCUCAGGGGGUGGCGCCUCCUGCAGGCGGCAGGGUUAUCCCAUGAGGAGAAGCGCGACAUCCUGAGCACAACGAAGAACAGCCUCGACUACAGUGUCAUUUCUUCAGCCCUUCAAGGCUUAUGGGACGACCAACUUCUGGGCCGUCACGGCGGACACCCGGGGAGCUACAACGCCCACUACCUCCAGGACUCGGAUGUCAACGAAGCCUACUACCAGCAUGGAUGGUGGGAUGACCAGGAUGAUGAUGCUGUGCAUGGUUGGCACGACGACCUCUACUACACGGAUGCGGGCUACGAGGACGAUUG